GUUUACUCAUUUCUAUUACUAUUCCGUUAAAAUUAUUUAGAAAUGCAGUUGUUUAAACAUUAAUAAUUGUAUUUAAUUCAAAAAGAUUUAACCAUAAUGGACCGUGCAAAAAAACCAAUUGAAGAAUUAAUUACGAAUUUCAAGUAGAUCAUUAAAUAUGUUAUUUCAUGAACAAAUUAUGUUUUUCUAUAAAAUUACAUUUAAUACCUACUUAUUGGGUGUUCUUCCUUUAGAUCUACUAUUACUGUUGAGGAUGUAUUUGAUAAACUGGAAGGGUGGAACCGAUAUGAUGGACAACAAAUUCAACUCGAACAUUCAAAAGACCAUUCAUUACGAAAAUUAUUGCUCCAUUCUGAGAAUCCUGUGAAAUUAAAAGAAAAAGUACAGAGUUUUGGGUUAGUAUAUUAUUAUACUUUGGUUAUAAUAUUAGGUAUAUACAAAUUUUAAUUAAAGACUAUUAUUUUAUUUUUUAGUACUAAUGAAUCUGUAGAUAAAUUUAUGGAAUUAAUUCGAGAAGUAAGUGAAGACAAAAAAUUAACUUCAUUUUUAGAAAAACGGUUUAAAGAAUAUGAAAAAGAAAUAAGUUGUUCAGAAGCUUUACAACAUUAUAAAGAAGAAAUUGAGGUAGGUACCUACAUAUAUAUUUUUAAUUUUCAGUAUUUGGUAUAUAUUUAUUAUUAAAUCAGGAUCACUCUCGUGUUUUAUUUUACGUGAUUUCUUGCAUGUUGAUUUUUUUUAACAAUAUAUUACUUUAUAUAAUUUCAUCAAAAUAUGAAUUCUAAAAUAAAUUUUAUAUAAUUUAAUCUUAUCAAUAAUAAUGGUGUUACAAGUUUUAUAAUCUUAUAGAUAAAAUAUUUGUGGAAGGGUGAUUAAUUAUCGUUUAAUCAAUAAUAUUUAUUCUUAAAAUAAGUUAUAUGUUAGAUAUUUUUCUAUCGGUAGGAGCUAUCACGGGUUAAAGCUACCUAUUUUUACAUAUAAACAACAAGUAUUAAAAAAUAAACAUAAAAUCAGUAAAGUUUCAUCUACAUUAGUGGUUUUCUUCUUGAAAAAUACAAAUUAAAACUAUUUUUGUGGAGGAAAAUGAACGAGAUUAGAAAAACCCAGUAGGAUUUGAAAUUGCUUAUUUGUAUUAUUUUUACUUGUACUAAUUUUUUUGAACCUUUUGUUUUAUAUUUUAUUAUAAUUAAUUGGGAUUAGUUAUUAUUGUUUGUCAUUAUUGAUUAAUUUGUUGUUUUUUCAGUAUUGGAUAUAGGUACAAUCCUAGACUUAAUAUAAAUAUUUGAUUGUAGAAAUGUGUAUUUGCUAAAAAAAAAUUAAAUAUUUUGUAUAUAUUAAAGUUUUUUUUUAUUAAAAUAUUAAAAAUCAUCUAUAAUUAUCAAAAGUUUUGAGUUGAAAUAAGUAAUAAUACCUAAGUAUUAUAUUAUAAAGUAGGUAUUUAAUUUUUAAAAUAUUUUUUAGAAAAGAAAUGAAUUUCAAAAACAACGACAAAUAAAAAAAGAAAUAAAAGAGAAAAAAAUAAUUUUGAAAAAAAGUGUUUAUAAUCAAACUCCUCUUUGGAAAAAUUCGAGAAAAUAUCAAGCUCUAGAUUAUUUUAGCAUGCCAAUGACUUAUUCCAUUAUAACCAGUAGUAAUUUGACACUUUUUUGAAUAAUAAGUAAUAUUUAUUUGUUUCUUAAAUUGUAUUAUCUUAUUAUAGAUCAUAUUUGUCCAGAAGAAUAUGACUUGGUCAAUGAUAUUCUCUCUUGUCUUCAGGGUUUCCAUGGAAAAUUUAUCACUCAUAAUAAACAUGAUGUACCUAUUACAUUUAACAUUCAUGAGUCUAUAGGUUUGUUUUUGAUAGUUAUUCAAUUAUUAUUAUAUUUAAUAAGUAGUUUUAAUAACCAUUCUAGAUAUAAAAUGUUAAAGUAUUUAUUCUUAAGUGUAAAAUAUUUUAUUAUUACUAUAAUUACUACCACCUUUGAAAAUAAUACUUUUCUUUACCAUUCAGAACUCAUAUUCAAAUAAAUGAUUAGUAAAUAGAUAUUCAGAAUACAUGUUCGAAUACUUUAAGAAUAUAUAUUUUCCUUUACUAAUUAGAUAAACAUCAUAAUUUCCAUGUUAAAAAUAAUCGUAAUACUAUGCAUGGGCUAAUUGUAUUUUGAUUGAAUUGACCUAUUGAAGAUAAAACUACAUGGUAUAUUCAAAAUUUAUCAUGUGAUAGUAUAAAAUUUACAAUUUAAAAUUACAUUUUUUUCAAAUUCAAAAAAAAAGUAUUUUUAAUGAAUAAAGUUAAUGUUUUUUUAUAAGUAUACUUUAUAGCAGUGUUUCUCAACCCUUUUACUGUCACCACUCUCCCUAAAUAAUAGCAAAUUUUAUAUAAUAUAUAUUUUUGAAGACCCCCAAGUUAAAAAACACUGCUUGCUUUAUAAUAUACCUCAUCAUGAACGGAUUAUAAUCAUAUACAUUUAGAUAUAACUUACUGAAUUCCCACACAAAAUAAACUAAUUAAAUCCAGUAUUUGUUUUAAAAGAUAAAUAAAUUGGUUCAUGUAUGGUAUGAUUGUUUUUAAACAUUAAAAUUAUUAUGUUUUGUGACAUUUUAUUUGUUGUUUUUUAAUAAACUAUUAAAACUAACCCUUGCUAAUAAAUUAAAUUUAAAACCACAAAUUUUAAAUUUAAUAAUAUAUUAAUGACUUAUCUAAAAUCAUGAGUAUAAAAAUAUAAUAAUUAUAUUUGAUUAUUCGCUUAGGUCCACAAUAUAAAUGUUUAGUACCGAAAAUACUUAGACUUGCAUCGUCUUACACUAUAAUUUGUCGGUUUAGUGAAGAAAAUCGUCAGAGCCAUAAUGGAUAUGUUAAUCAAGCUUUAUCUUGUUAUUUAAACAAAUUUAUACGAGAUUACUUAGUAAGUUUUUCGAAGUUGUAAAUUGUGAUUUUAAUACUGGAAUUCACCAUAUAACAAUCUAUUUUUGUCUACCAAUAAAUUCUAAAUAUUAAUAAAUGCAUUUACUCGCAUAUUUUAUUUAUUUUUAGAAUUUUAUAAUAUGCCUUGAAAAUCAACACAAUUUGGGAGAACUUAAUUUACAAUCAUUGUCAUUUGCUGCCCAAGCUCAUGUUUACAAAAUGGAAUUUGUGGCUCAUAUAGUAUCAACAAUUUCACAAGUAUGUAUUAAAAAGACAUAUUUAUUUUAUUGUAUAUAAAAUAUUAAUACUAAAUAUAUUUUAGGAUAAAAAGAAAGGUGGUCAAACUCUUUCAGUGUUACAUGAGGAAGUUAUUCAUUGUUAUAUUGAUGAUUCACUUAAAAAACUUUUAGCUGGAAUGGUUGAAGUAUCAACUAUUCCUUUUUUUCAGUCUUUAGAAAAAUGGAUUUUCAAGGGACAAGUUUUUGACCCCUAUGAUGAAGUAUGAUUUAACGUUUAUAUGUAUAUAUAUAUAUAUAUAUGUUAUGGUAAAUUAUGUUUUAUCAGAAAAUAAUGUUAUUUGUUUGCAAAUUUGGGAAUCAUCUUAAUAUUUUAGUGAAUCACAUUGAUAAUCAUAUGAAAUGGGAAAUGUUUAAGUAUGUGAUAUUUAUAAUUAUAUUUAACCGUUACCUAAAAAUGACUAAAUAAGUCAAAAUCAUAAUAAUAAUAAAAUCAAUAAUUUAAAUAGAUAUCAAUUGAGCAAUGAUAAGGUAAACUAAAUUUUAAAAAUGUGUAAUGCGUAAUUCAUAGGUAAAUCUAAUAAACCUUUAUCAGGCGCAUAAAUACCUACCUCCAUUAUGUUUCAAUUAAUAUUUGGGAAUAUCUACUUUAUAUGACAAUUAUUACCCGAGUAUUUGGUUAAUAACCAUAAUAGCUGGUUUAAUAAGUUAGUUAACUAUACAUGAGAUGCAUAAUGUUAAUUACUGGAAAAUAGCGUUAUUUUUCAUUUAAUAUAAUUUAUUGUAGUAUAUAUAUUAUAUUUUUUUUAACAUUUUCACAUAAAAUUAUUAUUCAUUAUAUGUAUUUUUAUUAGUUUAUGAUUAAAUGUGGUAAUCUAGUAUUAAGUGAUGAUACAGAAAAAUAUUGGAAUAAAUGUUAUACAGUCAGAAAUGAAUAUGUUCCUACCUAUUUAGAAAAAUUUAAAGAAAUUAUUUUACGUACAGGAAAAUAUUUAAAUGCACUUUAUCAUUGUAGUAAGUUAAUAGUUAAUUUUUUUUACUCCUAAUAGAGAACAUUACUCUUUAAAAUUUAACUCUUUACAAUAGAUAUUCAAAAUAAAUCAAAUUUGGCUUAUAAAUCUACCAGUGAUGAAAAACUUGUAUAUUCCAUGUGGUGUUCUGAUGUAACAAAUUACCUAAAAACAAUAAAUAAUGCUUAUAUGUUUGCAAGUAGUAGUUUAUUAAGUGUACUGCUGGUUGAUUAUGACCUUAUGAACCGAUUAAAGUAAGCAUAAGAAGUUGUUUUCAAAAUGAACAUUACGUCUGAAAAAAAAUUUCAGAUCGAUCAAACGGUAUUUUCUACUUGAACAAGGAGAUUUUGUAGUGCAUUUGUUAGAUGUAUGCGAUGAUGAGUUAAAAAAACCUACCGAUGACAUUGUUUACAACAGAUUGGAAUCAUUGUUAGAUAUUUGUUUACGAGUAAACGUUGGAAGUGUUGACCAAUACAAAGAUGACAUUAAAAUGGAAUUAAAAAAAGAUCCUUUGAGUUUUCAAAUAUUUAAAAUACUUUCAAUUCAAACUGAAAAAGAAAAAGGUAAAAAUAUGAAAACAAGUUGUUUGUACUUAGUAAAAUUAAAAUUAUACAUUAGUGUUAAGAUUUUAAACCAUAUAAUCACAGUCAGACAUUUUUUUAACAUUUAUUUUAUUUGGGCUAUUAACGUUUUUUAAAUAUUUUAUAUAGAUUAUACAGAUUUUCAACCUUCUUCAAACUUAUUGGGUAUACAAUCAUUUUGCUUGGGAUUAACAACACAAUGGCCUGUUUCUUUAAUAUUUAAUGAAACUGUUAUAUCAAAUUAUCAAAUGUUGUUCAGAUUAUUAUUAUUAUGUAAAAACGUAGAACGCCAACUACUUAAGUAAGUGAUUUAUUAGUAACAAAUAACAAUAAAAUAAUAUAACAACACAAUUUUAGCUGUGGGCUAGUUUUUAACGAAGAAAAAAAUUUUUAUAAAAUGUUUAGCAUAAUAUGUAUUUAAUUAAAGUUAGUUAAUAAUUAUAAUCCAUUCCAUUUCUCUACUUAUGUAAUUAAUUAAGUAAUAAGCUAAUAGGUACUUGUUUAACAGCAAGUUAAAAUUUUAUUAAUUUUUCAGUUUUAAAUUUAAUGUUUAAAAAGAAAAUCAAUGAGAAAUUAAAUGUACGUAUUGUGUAAUUAAUAAUUUUGUUUAAAAAUACUGUAUUAUAUUUGUAUUUAUUCAAAAAAAGAAAAAAUGGAUAUACUCAGCACAUGAAGGGUACUUUGCACAUUAUUAAGCUGCUUGGGAAUUAGUGUAUAUUUUCAUAUUUUAAUACAUAUAUAUAUAUAUAUAUAUAUGGGCAUUAUCCUUUGAGCAGCUAUUAUGUUAAAAAACAAUAAAUAUUACAUUCCUAAUAUGAUUCUGAAUGGAAUCCCUUAUUAAACAUUAAAUUUGAUUUUUCUUAAAAAAAUUAUUUGUUUAAUCCAAUGACAAUUGAACUGAUUUACUCCAUGAACAUUUUGUAAAGAAAAAAAAAAAUUUAUUAUUUAAACAAUAAACGUUUUUCUCCACUCAGAAUCAAAUACAGUACCUGUAUACUUUUUAAUUGUUGCAUGUAAAUAACUUGGGUGGAGUGACAAGACUUAGUCCAGCAUAAUUUAAAAUUGAACUCUAUUAAUUUUAAUUUUUGUUUUCUUUAGGGUAUGGCUCUGUGACAAACAGUUAAAAAAAGAAAAGAGUUCUUCAGAAAUAACCUAUAAGAAAGCUUUUAACUUAAGGCAAAACAUGCUGUUAUUUGUACAAAAUUUGGAAUAUUACAUGUUUGAAGAAGUUAUCGAGACACAAUGGCAAACUUUUACAUCGGCUAUUCAAUUCAAAGUAUUUAUAUUUCACCAAAUUAUAAUAUUAUAUUUUAGCAUUGCAUUUAUAUAGGUGACAAAUGUUGAUGAACUGUUAGAUGAACAACAGAAAUUUUUAAGCCUUUGCUUAAAGAAUUGCAUGGUUACUAAUCCAGAUUUAAUGAAAAGUAGCAGAUAUUUAUUAGAACUAUGUACAGAGUUUAGUGAUUAUAUUUUAGUAAGUACAAUAAUUAUAAUUAUAUUUAUAAUAUACAAAAACAAAUAUCAUAUUCUUUGACAUUUUCAACUACACAUUAAACUUAAAAUACAUCAAAAAUGUGAAUAUUCAUAUACUAUACUAUCCCACUACCUAAACUUAAAGUGGAAUAUCUCAUCAAUGGGUUGACGGAAUUAAAAAUUUCAAUACCAACAUUUAUUUAAACUAAUACUCUUAUCUAUUUAUGGAAUUUUAGUAGUAUAAGUUUCCAUUUAAAAAUCAAAAGUAGGUAGUCUUUUCACCCCCAAAAAUAAGGGCUAUGUAUCAUUGAUUACCAAUUACCAAAAAAAAAUGUUUUAAAAACAAUUUAUACUUUUAGAAAUAAUAAAUGUGUGUUGUAUUAAAUCAAUCAUUCUAUAUUGUAAAACUCAUCCAAUAAUAGUAAUUAAAUUUAUAACAUUGCAAUUUAUGGUUAUUAGAUUAGUUGAUGUUACUUUUUCCAACAUUGCUACAUUUCUACAGGCUGAGUUUAAUUAUAAAUUUGAUUGUACGUUAUAAGUACUCAUUAGGUAAUUAUAUUCAAUAAACUUAAAUGUUUAAUUGUCUUUGUUUCAGUUACCAACAAAUCAUCUUAAUCUGAAAAUGGAUUUUGAAAAAACUAUACAAAUUUUAGAAAACAAAUUUACAGCUGCAAUGAUUGACUUAUUAAAAUGUAUAAGAAAAAUUAGUCGUUUGGACAGUGGUAAUAUAAUAUACAAUUUCUUAUAUCGGUAAGGAAAUACAAAAUUUAUACAAUUUUAUUUGAGACUGUUAAUUAACAUAGAUAGUAAAUUUUAUAUUUAUUAGUAUGGCAAACUGUAUACUAACAUAUUAUGCAAUUAUUAUUAUAUUUAGGAUGGAUUUUAAUGGAAUAUACACUGAACAAAUAAAUAUGGAUGAUACAAUAUUAUAUACAUAAACAUUUAUUUUAAAAUUUUAAAAUACACCUAUAGUUAUUACUUUUCUUUUUACAUUUAUCUUGAGGUUUAUCUUUUAAAAUUAUAAUACUACUAGUUGAGUAUAAUACUAAUUAUAUAAAUAAAAAUAAAGAUAAAAUUACUCUCGUAUAGUGUUAAAUUUGAAGAUAUUGUUGACUGUAUCAAACUUCAUUAUAGUUUUGUAUAUACUAUAUUCGUUUAUUUUAAAAUAUUCACUUUAUUCAUUUGUAUCUGAAAUGUUUGUGUUAUAAUUAGUACAAAUUAAAUAUUAAUUACAUUUUACUAUGCUAUUUCAAUAUUGAUAUUAACUUACUACUGUAUGUUAUUGAAUUAUGACUUAUAUCUUGAUUUUGUUUUGUAUUCAGUGUUGAGUAAAACUGUUGUUGAUAUAAGUUCUGAAACAAAUUUGUAUUCACAUAUUAUUAUUAUAUAAACUUAGUUGUAACAAUUUUAAGUGUGCCAAUAAUAAACCAACUAACCUCUGAAGAUUUAGCAUUUGUAUGUUUUGAACCAUAAUGUGGCAUCCCCUGUUUUCUACAAAACCAAUAAAUUAUAAGAUUUUUUUUUUCCUUUGCUUAAUAACUAUUAUUUAUUUAUUACUGAUAACUAUCUGUAGUCAAUUGUGAAUUGGGUUCUUCGGUUUUCACCAUGUGUUUGAGGAACUCAUCUUGGAAACCAAUAUUCAUUUUUGGCAUGCCUAUUGCUGUCCCAUGAGUCAAUUCACUUUUUGAUUUACUUAUCGUACUGGUAGUCUACAAAUAAAUAAACAAUUAUAAUAAUUCACAAUUUAUAUUAUUUUCAUAAGUCGACUAAUACAUACUGUAAUAUAAGAAUUCCUAUAAGCUGGAUGAUGAAUAACUCCUAGUGGUGAACUUGUAUGUGCAUCAGGUGAACGGGAAGAAUACAUUGGUACAUGUUUUUUAUAUGUAUUAUCUUUUGUAUUACGCGACGAACAAGAUGAGGACAGCUGAUUCAAUACUAACAAAUCUCUAAUAACUUCUUGCGCUUCUUUUUCUGCAAGCUCUAAACUAGAUGAUCGAUGGCGCGAUGGAGUUUUACAUGAUGUAUUGCGGUCAUUAUGCGGCCAAUCUGAAUGUUCAAUUUUAAUAUUAUCUUGUUUGGUUAUUAUAAUUGACGCAGGAGAUUUCGUUUCUUCUUUCUGCACAAAUGAAAUACAAUAGGUAUGUUAAAAUGACUGUAAUAAUUAACAAAUUAAACAUUUCCUCAUACUGGUUUAUAAAAAUUAUUAGUUGUAAACUGAGAAGGUAAUGGUGACGUAUUGUCCAUUAAAGAUUCAUUGAUGAUUUGACUCAACAUAUCUUUUGCUGUUGAUUUUUCAUCAACUUUUAUGCAGUCUAAUUUAUUUGAUGAUGAAAUAGCUUUUUCAUCCUUAAUAAUAAACAAAGAUAAUACAUAAUAAUAUAUAUAAUUUAAAUAUAUUUAAAAACAUGUGUGCAAACAAACUUUUGGUUUUGUGCUCUGUUGAUCAACAGUGGAAAUAUGAGUUGAUAACUUCUGUUGAUCAGGCAUAGGUGAAUUAUGCAAUUCCUGAAGCAAUCUUUGCUUUCGCGAAAUCGGUUGAUGAACUGUAUGUUUUGGACUAAUUUGGGAAUCCUG